AUGGAAGAAGAGAUGCAAAGAAACUCAGAUAAGGGGGAUGACUUUACAUUUACUGACAGUAAUCAAACAAGUCAGACAAAACCUGAUGAACCCAGAACAGUUGUAGAAGAGACAUGGAAGAGCAUCCAUGAUGAAGGGCAGCACUUCAGGCAGGCAACAGGAGGUGAUCUACACAUAGAUGGAACAAAAGCUGAGCUGCUGAGCCAUGAUCAAGAAGAUAAAACAGAUGGAAAGCAAGAGAAGAGCAUUUUUGGGAAUACAGAAUGCUCUAUCUGCUCAGUCUGCAAAAGUAGACGGCCAGAUAGUGGAUGGAAAAAGGACUUCUCAUAUAUCGAACUUCAAGUUGCUACAGAUGAAUUUUCAAUUACCAACUCACUUUCUGAAGGAGAAUGUGGAUCUACUUUCAAAGGUCAGCUUGAUUGUCAGCUGAAAAUAGUGGUGAAGCAGCAUCGACUCACAGAUGCCCAAGUAGAGAAACAAAUGAUGUCUCAAGUGCAAUUGAUCCUCAAGGCUAGACAUAAGAAUGUGGCCAUGCUGUUGGGUUCCUCCAUAGAAGAAAGUCAGCUAUUAGCUGUAUAUGAGUAUGCAUGCAAUGGUUCACUUGACAAGCAUCUAUCUAAGAAUAGUUGCAGGCCAUUAAGCUGGGGAAAAAGGGUGAAAAUAGCUGUAGGUGUCUCCAUGGGUCUAAACAAAAAAGUCCACAAGGAUAAAAGUUUGGUAUACGCAGCACCAGAGUGUUUGGAGAAUUGGAAACUAACAGCCAAGACGGAUGUAUACUCCUUUGGAAUGGUUCUUUUAGAGCUUAUCACUGGUCAGAGGGCUACAGACAAAAUAUCAGGAGAGAAAAACCUUGUUGAAUGGGCAAAGCCUCUUCUUGGAACAAAGAAGUAUCCGCAAUUGGUGGAUCCUGCAAUUGGAACCUCCUACGAAGAAGAACAACUUCACUGGUUGGCCCAAGUAACAGAAAAAUGUCUCAAAAAGAAUCCAAAGGAAAGAUUAAGCAUGAAUAUGGUGGUCUCUGAAUUACGAGGCAUAAUAGAGAGUGAAGAGGGCUGUGUUACUGUAGACUUUUCCCCAGAAAUUUCAAGAUCAACAUGUGGCAUAUCAGACAUUACUUCUACUCAAGGUCAAAAGAUACCUGAUGAGCUGACUGAGGAAAAGCGGAUCAAGAGCUGCCACUAUGGAGAAAUGUGGAAUCCAGAGCUAGCAAUUGAAAAUAACGACAUGUUAUGUCAUAAAAAAGCUGAUCAUCUAAGCCAUGGGGUGGAGAAGAGUGUAGGAAAGGAGAAAAGAACAAACCAUAUGGUAGCUUUGACAAAAGUUGAUACACUGGAUCUGGAUCAAGGACAGAGCAGUUUUAUAAAAAAUGAGACAAUUAUGGGUCAAAUUGCAGCUGAUAGAAAAGGAGAUUUGAUGAAUAGGCACCAGGGAGAAGUGAUUUUGGAUAGUUCAAAAUCAUUUUUAUGCUCUAUAUGCAAAAGUAGACGCUCACAUGUUGGAAAUCAAAGAGACUUCACUUACAAUGAGCUUGAAGCUGCUACAGAUAUAUUUUCAUUUCAGAACUCUCUCUCUGAAGGUGGAAAUGGACCAAUUUUCCGGGGCAUUCUAGAUUGUAAGCUGAAAAUAGCUAUCAAGAUGCAUCGAAUAACUAGCUCUCGGGAAGAAGAAAUAUUUAAGUCAGAGGCGCAGUUGCUUACUAAAGCUAUACAUAAAAAUGUGGUGAUGCUGUUGGGUUCAUGCACAGACAAAAAUCAACAGAUUCUUGUGUAUGAGUUUGCUUGCAAUGGUUCACUUGACCAGCACUUAUCAGGGGGAAGCUGCCGGUCAUUGACUUGGAGAGAAAGGGUAAAAGUAGCAAUUGGUGCCUCUAGAGGUCUGAAAUACCUUCAUGACAUUAACAUAAUUCAUGGAAGUAUAAAACCAAGCAACAUUCUUCUGACCCAUGAAUUCGAGCCUCUGCUUGGAGAUUUUGGCUUAGGAAAAGGAAAACUAGAACUGAAAUCCCACAAAGAUAAAAAUGUAAGUUCUGAAUACACAGCACCGGAGUAUUUGGAGAAAGGAAAACUGUCCACUAAGACGGAUGUAUACUCCUUUGGCGUGGUUCUCUUAGAAUUGAUCAGUGGCAGGAGAGCGACAGAUAAAUUAUCUGGAGGGAAAAGUUUUGUUCAGUGGGCUAAGCCUCUUCUUGGUGGGAAGAAAUACGCCCAGCUGGUGGAUACUAAAAUCAGCAGUUCUUGCAAAGAAGACCAACUUAGAUGGUUGAUCCAAGUAAUAGAACAAUGUCUCAGGAAGAAUCCUAAGAGAAGAUCAAGCAUGAAUAUGGUUGUCUCUGCAUUGCAAGACAUUGAAGAUACUGAUGGUUUAUGUGCAAUUGAAGACUCUUCUCCAGAAAAAUCAUAUAUACCACCCUGUGCGCCUGAUAUGACUUGUUCACAAGGUCAAACAAAGGUUGAUCAGAACAGUUGGAAACAAGAACAGAUCGAAAGCAUCCCUUAUGAGAUGGAGAGGAGCUUAAGAUCAAUAGUCAGAAAAAAUGACUUAAUAGGUAGUAGAAAUGUUCAUCAGCUGCGCCAGGAUGGAGAAGAGAUCAGCAAUGAUCACAUGAUGUGUCGCACAAAAACUGAUCAGAUAAGCCAGGCUCAAGAAGGUACAGGAGGAAGCCUCCAAAUAGAAAAGAGGGGCACAAUACUUACAAAUAUGGGUAGCCAAAUUGCAAGUGAAAAUUGCAAUGAAGAACUAAUGCAGGGUAGCUUACGUGGGGAUUCAUUGGAUGGUUGUAACAUCAGAGUUAUGUUGGAGGAUUCCAAAUCUUCUGUAUGCUCUAUCUGCAAAAGUAAACGCCCUCAUUUUGGAGGUCAUAAGGAUUUCUCUUAUAAUGAGCUCCAUGUGGCUACUGAGGGGUUUUCAAUUAAGAACUCUCUAACUGAAGGUGUAUAUGGACCUUCGUUCAGAGGCCAGCUAAACUGCAAAUUGAAAAUAGUUGUCAAGCAACUUCAAAUGACAAGCUCCCAGGAAGAGAAGAUAUUUAAGUCAGAAGUUCAGUUCCUCUCUAAGGCUAGACAUGAAAAUGUGGUCAUGUUGUUGGGUUCAUGCAUAGAUAAAACUAAAAUGCUGAUUGUAUAUGAGAAUGCAUGCAAUGGUUCACUUGACCAUCAUUUAUCAGGACAAACUGGUAGAUUACUAACAUGGAGAGAGAGGGUGAAAAUUGCAAUAGGUUUCUCCAGAGGUCUAAAGUAUCUGCAUGAGAAUAAUACAAUUCAUGGAAGUAUAAAACCAAGUAACAUUCUUAUAACUCAUGUAUUUGAAGCACGGGUAGGAGAUUUUGGAUUUGGAAAAUCCAAAAAUGAAUUGAAGAAUUGGCACAAGAAUAAAAAUGUAGAGAAUAUUGGAUACGAGGCUCCGGAACUUUUGGACAGUGGAAAGUUCUCAACUCAGACAGAUGUGUAUUCUUUAGGGGUGGUUCUUUUAGAGCUGAUCACUGGGCAUAGGGUUAUAGAUAAAGUUUCAGGACAGAAAAGUCUUAUUGAAUGGGCAAAACCACUUCUUAGAGGAAUGAAUUACCCACAAUUGGUGGAUCCAAAACUCAGCAGCUCCUGCGAUGAUCAAGAACUUUUUUCGUUGGUCCAAGUAAUUGAGAAGUGUCUAAGAAAGAAUCCAAAGGAAAGGUUAACAAUGAAUAUGGUUAUCUCAGCAUUGCCAUGCAUAGUUGAUAACAAGCCACUUGUAACUGAGGACCCCAUUACAGUAAAGCCACACUUCAAACGCCCUUUGAAAGAUGAAUCGAUCUCACAAGAUAUCAAAGUUUCACCACAAGCAGAUAAUUUAGAGGUUAUCAAAGUAACUGAGGACCCCAUUAUAGAAAAGCCACAAUCCAAUCGCCUUUUGCUAGAUGAAUCUAGCUCACAAGACAUCGAAGUAUCGCCACAAGCAGCUAACUUGGAGGUUAUUCCAGUAAUUAAGGACCCCGGUAAAGAAAAGCCACGCUCUGGACUCACUGUGCAAGAUGAAUCUAGCGGCCAAGAACUCAAAGGAUCGCAAGAAAAUAACCUAAGUGAUGUUAGUCAGGAAAGACAGAAAAAUGAAACUUGCAGCAGAGAUAAUAAGGUCACAAAUGUUUAUCCAGAGAGCACAGAACACAUGGCUUGUGCUGGAAGCAAUGGAGAGCCACAAGAAACAGGAAGACUAGGCCACAAGAUACAUCAGGUAAAUCAGAGGCGCAUAUCAUAUGGUGGUGCCAAAAUAUUUUUUCUUGACGGUGCCAAAGAAUACAUAGUAGAUGAACAAUUUUUUAGGUUUGGUAAUUUUCUUUGAGCUGAUUGGUCUCAAAAUUGUAAUGUUCACAUUUAUCUAUUUACACAUGUAUGUAUAUAUUGAUGAUAAAUUAACAUUCUACAGCUUUGAUUGAUGAAACAUUUAUUCGGCCUGAAGUGAUGACUGUCAUAAACAUUUAGAAACAAUUACUCAACAAAUCUUGACCAAUGCACACAAGUAGAACGGUAAACACAAACCGAAAGUAAAAAUUUAGUAACAAUUUUUUCAGAAGUUUUUUCCCAACACGAAUUCUUACAUUUGAACUCAUCUAUUGAAGUAUCUUCAUGAGUUUUAUUAUGACUGGAGAUUUUUCAUCCAUGCAUGCUGUAAGCUAAGUUUUAGUUCCAUUAUUUUCAGAUAUAAUAAAAGCUAGC